AUGUUUUUUCCUUCUGUAGGACAAGGCGGAAAACUGGUUGAUAGAGGAGAUAAUACUUAUGGAGGAAAGUGGGUCAUAAAUCCUAGUGGUGGAUUAAUUUCAAAGGGACACCCACUGGGAGCCACAGGUCUGGCUCAGUGCGCUGAGCUCUGCUGGCAGCUGAGAGGGGAAGCCGGGAAAAGACAAGUUCCUGGUGCAAAGGUUGCUCUGCAGCAUAAUUUAGGCCUUGGAGGAGCUGCAGUUGUCACGCUCUACAAGAUGGGUUUUCCCGAAGCCGCCAGAACUCAUCAGAUUGAGGCUGCUCCAACCAGCUCUGCAGCUGAUGGGUUUAAGGCAAGUCUUGUCUUUAAGGAGAUUGAGAAGAAGCUUGAAGAGGAGGGGGAACAGUUUGUGAAGAAAAUCGGUGGUAUUUUUGCCUUCAAGGUGAAGGAUGGCCCUGGGGGUAAAGAAGCCACCUGGGUGGUGGAUGUGAAAAACGGCAAAGGAUCAGUGCAUCCUAACUCAGAUAAGAAGGCCGACUGCACAAUCACAAUGGCUGACUCGGACUUACUGGCUUUAAUGACUGGGAAAAUGAAUCCUCAGUCGGCCUUCUUUCAAGGCAAAUUGAAAAUCGCGGGCAACAUGGGCAUGGCUAUGAAGUUACAAAAUCUUCAGCUUCAGCCAGGAAAAGCUAAGCUGUGAAGAACUUGCUUUGCCUACCUUGGAAAAAUCAAGAUGAGACAUAUAGAUAUAUAGCCAUAUAUUUCAUUGUCAAAGCUUAGACUGAAACCACGCAUUGGCAAAUAGCAUGAGAUCUGUUUUUAAAUGGGUGUGACCAGUCCUGUUUUUCCUUGAGCUCUGGGUGAACAGAGCCUGGUGGUAUUACUACUGCUUUGCUGAACUGCAUACAACUGUGCAUUACAAAGUUAAUAUGGUAAUUAUGGUUUGGGGUAAAAUGGAAUUUGAGAAUAAAAUUAGGAACGGCAAAAUCCCAAAACUAUGUAAACAAAAGCUCUCAUUUUGCUUAUAAAGUAUAUUUAAGGAUUAUUCUGCUGAAGAUUGAAUUUAAGUUUUCCUUGGGAGAACUAGGGAAGAAACAAAAUACCAGUAGCUGGCCAGUAAUUAGUGUUGUGCACUUAAUGACCUUAAUCUAUUUUACAUGAAUAGUUUUUAAAAUUCUGCACUGGAAUUAAAAAAAAAAAUUUUAAUUUUGCAUUUUGUGCCAUCAAUAUGGUAUUUUCUUCCCAAAUCUAAAUAAAAGAGAUAUGAUCAGAGCUUUGGGGUGAGCGGGAAUUUAUAGUUAUACACAUACCUAUUUUUUAAACAAAAAUAUUUUUAAAUGGGUUUUCCUUCUUGAAAAAUCAGUGUUAGAGUCAAAACGCUGUUAAAAAUAAUUGAAUAAAAUUUUCUUUGAGAUGCACAGUUUUAAAAUUAUAAUCUCAUAUUAAUUUAAUUAAGUUUAUAAAGCUCUCAGGCCCUUGUUAUGAUUUCCCUUUUUCAUAUGUUUCGUUUAAUUAAUUAUCCACAUAUAUCUUUCAUCCUAGUUUUUCUAAUGCUAAUGUUAUUUCUUAUAACUCAGUAAGAUAUGGGGUAAAAUAAUGCUUUUGGAAGAAAAUUUAAUAGAAAAUUAAAAUAGCUCUUCCUGAUC